AGACAAACCAUGGAUUCAAURUUUGUGCCUGAAAACAGCUACCUUGAUUUGCUGCACAGCGAUAUCGAUCCAUUGCAACUGUGUGCUUUCCUUGAUCCUAAGCCAUCUGRAGAUGAAGAAGGUGACUUCUCUACAGAUCUUGAAGUUGAUGCCAGCAACUAUGAACACUUAAAUAAUGUGGAUUUCCCAUGUGAAAAUGGAGAUGUGUUGUACCCCUGUUCUAACACCACAGAUGCUUAYGCUACAAUAGCUGAAUUAGUAGAAUAUGUGCUCAAGGAUCAGCAGGAGAAGCAGGUUGAAGACAUUUUUGCAGGGAACCUUAUUUUGGAUGAAAUUACURCUGAAAACACUGAGAAAUUUCCUGACAUGAGGAUGCAGACAUGUCUUAAACGAACCUUCUUAGGCUCUGCAGAGAGUUACUCGGAUGCUUCAGAACCCAAAUAUAAGAAAAUUGUGGAAGUCCCUCCAGUGUCUGCAGGGAAUGGCAGUUUCUUUGCUAUGCCUCUCAACAGCCAUCCAGUGAGCUACACCUCCCUAACCAACCAGCAYAUGUCCUUUUCUGUUCCUGCUGCUCAUGGGCUGGAAAGAAGCUUCAUAAUUCCUGGAUUGUCAGAACCUUUGACUGCACAGUGCCUACCACUCAAUGUGAGAGGGUACCAAGAGAACCCAGGCUUUGCAGCUCCYCCUCAGCAGAUAUUUAACUUUGUUCUUGAAAAUGGCACAUCUGAUGUUAUAAUAUAUCCAGUGCUGACUUCUUCCAUAGAAACAUUUGCACCUCCAAGUUUUCCAGAUAGUUUAUGUGCACAACAUAUGUACACCACAAAUCUUGGAAUUCCAAAUGCAGCAGAAAAAUUAGCAGAUUUAGAAAUAUUUCAAGAAGUUCAAGAUUCCACAAUUCCUCCUGAGGAACCUUUCAAAAAACCAGAGCAAGUGGAAUCUUUCUGYUCGUCUCUCAAGGAUUAUUUCCGAGACACGUGCAAAUCUGUGACCGCGGAGCGGGAGGUAAAUCUGGAUCACCUGUUCAUUGAUGGGACACUUGUUCAAAGUCAAACUGAAACCAAGACUGGAAAGAAUAGUGCAAAAGCAGUGGAAAAGGAGCUGGUAACUUGCAGCCUGCAAGAGAAGGAAAAGACAGCCAUUGACAGAAGCCAAAUAUUUCAAAUCCCACAGCGUAAAGACUUAGAGACUAAAGUGAUUGUGGUGCUGGGAAAAGCAGGAAUGGGCAAAAGCAUUCUUGUUCAGAAGAUCUGCCAGGACUGGUCUAAUGGAGAGUUUUCUCAGUUUGAAUUUGUAUUUUGGUUUGACUGGAAACAAAUAAGCUUGCCUGAGAAGCGAUACAGCCUGAAGGAACUGCUGCUUGAAUUUUUCGUAAAACCUCAAGAGGGAAGCAAAGAGAUCUUUGAGUAUAUAUUGCAAAAUCCUGCUAAAGUCCUUCUGGUUUUUGAUGGUUUUAAAGGAUUGCACGAUCACGAGAACUUCCCUCAUUGCUCAGCYAGCCAGCCUGAAAAAGAUUUGUGCAGUAUAAAGGAGCUGCUUUCAGGACUCAUCCAAAAAAAGAUACUCAAUGGUUGUACUUUAUUAUUUACAGCAAGACCAAAAGACAAACUGUUCCAGUACGUGUCCAAAGUGGAUAAGGCUUUUGAAAUAGUAGGAUUUUCCCCUCAGCAGAGGGAAUUGUACAUAACCAAAUACUUUGAAGGAUCACCUUACUGUGAGAGUGCACUGGAAUUAAUCAAAGAGUGUGAGUACUUGUUUAGUCAUUGUUACAGCCCCAUUAUGUGUAGGUUUGUUUGUUUUCUMUGUGAGACAGUACUUGAAAUGGGGGAGAAAAGUCUUCCUUCAACUCUUACUGAAGUCUUCCUGAAAUUUUUUCAGCAGAAGAUAAUGCUUAUGCAAACAGAUGUUACAACCACACAAAAUCAGGAGAGUCUUGCUACCCUAGCCCGUAUAGCCUGGUGUCUGGGAGAAAAGCACCAAAGUGCCAUGAAAAGUGAUCUUCUUCCUUCUAAGGAAGUUAAAGAGUUUGCCCUGAGAUAYGGAUUUUUCCUGCCUUUUGCGUCCCCCAGACAUUCAGAUAGUGAAGAAGAGGAAUUUGGGAGCACAUUCUCUGACUUUGUCAUUCAGAAUUUCUUGUGUGCACUUCACCUUUUGUUAGCUGAAGAGCUCAAGGAUAAAAAUCUAACCAAGUACUUGUCRUUUCUAUCCAAGAAGAAAAAACCUUAUAAUUGGUUAGAUUUAAUGCCUCGAUUUCUGGCUGGUUUGAUGUUUCUCCAGCAUGACUCUUACUUCUGCUCUCUUUCAAAUGAGGAYGCAAAACAAUCAAUCAAGAAGCAGAAAACACUCUUAAAAAACAUUAGAAGGCUGCAGAUUAAUAAUCUCUGUCCAGAGAGGUUGCUGGAGCUUUUACGUUGUAUUUAUGAAACACAGAACAAUUAUCUUCUGCAGCAUGUGGCCUUAAGACUCGAGCCAGACUUGUCCUUUCUGGGCAUAGUUCUUUCACCACCUGAUGUCCAUGUACUKCACUCUAUUCUGAAAAGGUCAAGAAAAGAGUUUUCCUUGGAUUUGCGAAACAGCAGCAUUGACCUGCAAGGGCUGAAAGCCUUGGUCAGCCUCAGGAACGUGACAUCGUUCAGGGCCUCCCUCAGUGAUGCAGUCAGGCUCUGGAAAUCUUUAGAACAGACAAAAGACUACGAGCUGCUGAAAGCAUCCACAGAGAAAUUUGUUCUUGAUCCCUUUAAGGCAAAGACGAUGAAGGACAUCUGUGACCUCUGUGACCUUGUAGAGCUGCAGGAGAAGAUGAUGAAUUGUGUGCAAGGUGCAUCUGGUUUCACCAGCUAUGAAAUUCCGGSCAUCAGAAACCUCAGAAAACUCGAAUUCGCRCUGGGUCCAGCAUGUGGCCUUCAAGGACUGCUAAAACUCGUGAAAAUUCUUGCAGCAUUUCCAUCACUUCAGCAUUUAGAUCUUGAUGCUCUCAGUGAAAAUGGCAUAGGAGAUGAAGGAGCAAAGAGUCUAUCUGAAGUCUUUCCAACCCUAACAUCACUGGAAACAUUAAAUUUAUCACAGAAUAAAAUAACAGACCUGGGUGCAGAGAACCUUGCUACAGCUCUUCCUUCUUUGUCUUCCCUAAAAACACUAAGCUUGUACAAUAACAACAUUUGUGACUUCGGAGCAGAAAGUCUGGCAAAAGUUCUUCCUGCAAUGACUUCUUUAAGAGUGCUAGAUGUUCAGUAUAACAAAAUAACUGGUGUUGGAGCCCAGCAGCUGACUGACAGCCUACGAAAAUGUCCCCAUAUAAAGAACUUGGUGAUGUGGAAUCCCACCAUUCCCUAUGGAGUUCUUGARCACCUUCAGCAGCUGGACUCUAGGAUCAGUGUGUAGAUUCAGAGGAUUCCAUAAAGGUGUCACAAAGAAGAGGGGAGGGUGUCCUCUGUGCUUUCCUGUCUUCCUGCUGCUUUWUGAAUUGGUGUUUUCAUGUUUGUUGCAAAAAAGUCACAUUUAAGUUUCUAAAUCAUGCUUAAAUUGGGUGAAUUAGAGAGUUAUAAAAUGCUGUUCAAAGACCCAACUGUAUUUCUGCUGAAAUGAUGAAGGCUUAAGCAACAAGUUUCAAAGACGAAAAGAGCACCUGGACACUGUGACUACUCUAAAGGAGACCAGGAACCCCCAGGAYAUUGGUAGUAUACAAUUCCAUCAUCAAUUCAUCAAAGAACAAACUGAAAGCUGCUCAACCUGCAACAUYUGAAGCACUGACAGAUCAAAUCUGAUUGCUUGUUUCAUGGUGCCAGUGGUAAAUGCCAUCAAAUUUGGUCUGAUGAUCUCAAAGUUCCAUUUUAAAGAUGUCUGUAUGGACUGAUUUGAAGCAUUAGGAUGAGGAGCAUAAAAAAGAAUCAUCAGUCCUAGAAAAUGUUCUGAUAUGGUAAGAUUAUUCACAAGMAUCUAGAAGUGACUCUUUUCUCCAUGCUAAUAAUCAAUGUU